GCCAUUCCUGCACCAAAAACUAUAUAAUUCAAGAACGGAUAUUUUCUCAUCCCAUCCAAAAUCUCCUUGUUCCCACCCUGAAAAAAAUGUCUCUAAUUCCGUUAGUAAAUCCCAUAAAACCCUUCUCCCUGUUUCCAAACUUAAACCCUAACCCUAAAAUCUCUUCGCUAGGCUUGAAAAAACCGUCGGCUCGUUGGCGCAGGAGAGGGAACUCUAGAGUUUGCUGCUCCAAUUCACCGAGAGAACCUAGAUCAGCAGAGAAAGAGCUGUCAAUUUUGAGGCCAUGGAAUGUUCCCUGGGACUGGAAAGUUACAGCAUUGGUCAUGAUGCCUUACUUGAUGAACAUUGUUUUCACAGGAAUUGUCGAAUCUUCAGGACUUGCCGGAGUUCAACAUCCUUACUCUGAGAAUAUGCUACCUCAACUUCAUAGCAAUGAUGAAGCAAUUAAGUUGUUUAUGGACCAACUACUCAAAUCUGUGGCUAAGCUUUCAGUUCUGUACAUGUUUCUCCUACCACACCAACCACUACCAGAUGACAUUUUCUCAUUGAAAUGGAGACAGCCAUUAGAUCUUCAUAAAGGCUGGAUUAUAUGGGCAGGCAGCGGUUUAAUAAUUGCUUCAUCAGCUAUUUUUCUUCUCAAGCUUUUGAUUUCUAGUUUAUGUGCUGGCCAGACACAAAAUGAGCAGACAGAAUCAUUGAUGAGGUUGCUUCCUUUAAUUGGUUUAUCCAAUGUCAGCACUGUUUGCCUUCUUGGAGUGCUAGGAGUUUUAGCUCCGGUUUGUGAAGAGACACUGUAUCGAGGUUUCCUACUGACUUCUUUAACAAAAUGGUUUCCUCUUCCCCUGUCAGUGUGUUUAAGUUCUGCUUUAUUUACCUUGGGACACCAAUCUCCCGGAAAAUUUCUGGAAAUUUUCAUCUUUGGAAUAGUGCUGGGGUUUGUGUAUUCCCGGACUCGGAAUCUUCUUGCUCCCAUCAUAAUGCAUGCAUGUUGGAAUUCUGGUGUCAUUCUAUUGCUCGCCUAUCUUCAGUCGCAGGGACAUGAUAUCCAAAAGUAUGUGCAAUGAUCUGGUCAAAGAAACCAUCAAAUAACGAUCAUGAGCUGGAUUUCGACUCUUUUGCUUAAAUAUCUGCUCUGGCCUCCCCAUAGAUUGUGGUCAUAUAGUUGGCAAGGGCAAGGAGAUCAUUGACCUUGGUAUAGAAAAUUAGCUCCCAUGGCAAUCAUAGAAGGUGUUAUUCUAUAUUUACUUUUGUAGUACUUUUGACUUAUCGUACACAUACUAAUGUGUAUUGUAAUUAUUAUCAGACUUGUACUGUAUUAUUUGUCCCCUAUAGCUUUCUGAUACUCUGGUAUUCUGUGGACUCUACUGUCAACCAUGUGAUUCUGGGUGUUAUAUAUAUAUUUUCGCUGCUUUAAUUCCA